UAAAAAACAAAAACCCAUCCGAUAAACGCCAAGAAACCGACGACACUAGAGAACAAUUCUCCGUUCUUCCCUCUAUCCCCUCUUAUUUCUGGUUCACGCUCCUCACUUUCUGUUUGUUUCCCGGGAAAGCACUCCGUUUCCGAGAAAGUAAAACGAGCCGAGGACGACGACAUUUCACUCUUUCGAGUAAACCUCCGCAAGCUCAGCAGAUCGCACAUUGUUAGAUCGUGAUUGCGACCGCCCCCGCGAGUAAUCCGUUGCCCUUUCCGUCCUUCCCAAUCUUCGUCUUUCAUAAAGCGACGGGGUUCAACACGAAGGAGGAGAGCUGGAUCCGUCUCAGGAACCAGCGCAGUCCUUGAAGGCACCAGCCGCCGCCGCCGCCGCCGCUGCCACUGCCACUAGCAGUAACGGUCAGAUCCGCUACCGCUCGCCUUCCUCCGCCGAGCUACUGGAGACCGGAGCCACUUCCCCGACGCAUUCCGACCAUCCCGCCUCCUCCGACAAGAUGAGCAAGCGCAACGCCCUCCGUCACGAGAAUUUCUCCGACAAGAUCCAGAGGUACCGAAGCGUUCUCUUGGUGAUCUCCAUCCCGAUGCUCUUGAUCGGAUUCGUCUUGUUCGUGAUGCCCGGCCGGGAAGAGUACGAGAUCACCAACCGGAAGCUGUCCCCCAAUUUGAAGGACUCUAGGAACUACGCUGUUAUCUUUGAUGCGGGUAGUUCUGGAAGUCGAGUUCAUGUCUUCUGUUUCGAUCCCAAUAUGGAUCUCAUUCCAAUUGGCGGAGAGCUAGAGCUUUUCCUUCAGCUUAAGCCUGGUUUGAGCUACUAUGCCAAGGACCCACGAGCGGCAGCGGAGUCUCUCACCUCUCUACUCGAUAAGGCAGAAGCUGCUGUGCCCAGGGAACUGCGAUCCAAGACCCCAGUUAGAGUCGGGGCGACUGCAGGCUUGAGGGCAUUGGAGGGUGAUGCAUCUGACCGAAUUUUGCAAGCGGUUAGGGAUCUUCUGAAAGAUCGGAGCACCUUGAAAUCUGAUGCAAAUUCGGUCACUGUCUUGGACGGUUCUCAAGAAGGUUCUUAUCAGUGGGUCACAAUUAAUUAUCUCGCGGGAAAGUUGGGGAGGUCUUAUGCCAGUACAGUCGGGGUAGUUGAUCUUGGUGGUGGAUCUGUUCAAAUGGCAUAUGCCAUUUCUGAGGCAGAUGCAGCAAAAGCUCCAAGGGUGACAGAUGGAGAGGAUACCUAUGUACACAAAAUGCUUCUGAAGGGAACAACAUAUUACCUUUAUGUUCACAGCUAUUUGCACUAUGGACUAUUGGCAGCUAGAGCUGAGAUUUUGAAGGUGUCUGAUGGCUCAUCCAAUCCAUGCGUUUUGGGUGGUUAUGAUGGUUCAUACUCUUAUGGAGGAGAGAACUUCAAGGCAUCUGCAUCUCCUAGCGGUUCUAACUUGGAAGAGUGUAGAAGGGUAGCUACUAGGGCGCUGAAAAUUAACGAGACUACAUGCGUGCACAUGAAAUGCACCUUCGGUGGAAUAUGGAAUGGUGGGGGUGGAGAUGGCCAAAAGAACCUAUUUGUUGCUUCAUUUUUCUUUGACAGGGCUGCUGAGGCAGGUUUCAUUAAUCCCAAAAUACCUGUUGCCAAAGUUCGUCCAUCGGAUUUUGAGGAAGCAGCUAAAAGGGCAUGUGAAUCGAAGCUCGAUGCUGCAAAAGCUACUUACUCUGGUGUCGAAGAGGGUAACCUGCCGUAUCUCUGCAUGGAUCUUGUCUACCAGUACACAUUGCUCGUUGAUGGAUUUGGUAAGCCCCCGAAACUUUCGCUUUUGGUUUCUCUCUCCCUUUGUUGGAUGAUCAUGUUAUGAUAAACUCUCCCCCUUCAUUGUGAUGUAUUGCUCACCCACGCACUUAACUCUUAUGUAGGUCUAAGUCCCUGGCAGGACAUCACGCUGGUGAAGCAGGUUAAAUACCGAGAUGCGUACGUUGAAGCGGCAUGGCCAUUAGGUAGCGCCAUUGAGGCCGUUUCAGCAUUGUGAUUUUGAUUCAUAAAUAGGCUUUGAAUUCGGGUAGAGGAUUGUGUGGGCGGGUUUAGUGAUCUGAGGGGAGUGCACCGGCAAAGUUUUCUCAAGCAGCAGCUGGGGAAUGGAGGAGAUGAGACCCUUUUGUUUGCGCCUGUAAUGUUUUUGGGAAUAAUGGGUGUUGAUACGGGGAAAAGAAGAGAGAGAGAAGUCCUACGUUUUGAUUAUUGCUUGGCUUGUGCCUGUGGCAUAAUUCAUUAGACGCAGAGCUCCAUUUGUUUUUUCGUUGAAUCUUCAUUCUGUAACUAGGUUGUAGAACAUCGUGAUUUGGUAUUACCAUUUAUCCGAAUUUUGAUUCAAUUCAAUUCUCAUCUGGUUAUCUGUAUCGGUCGUUUGGUUCUUUUGUUUCAGUGGAAGCACUUGCACCCAUCGGUUCAGCGUU